AUGGCGAGCUUAGGCGCCCCUUCAAAGAAGCACAAGGUGACCAUCGUGGGAUCCGGCAAUUGGGGCUCUACAAUUGCCAAGAUCGUCGCUGAAAACACCCGAGCACACAAAGAUCUUUUCGAGGAAGAUGUCCAGAUGUGGGUCUACGAGGAGGAAGUGACGAUUACCAAGGACUCCAAAUGCUAUGACGAAACCAACGGCGAUGCGCCCCAGAAGCUCACAGAGGUCAUCAACAAGCACCACGAGAACGUAAAGUACCUACCAGGUAUCCCUCUGCCUACAAACCUGAUCGCAAACCCCGAUAUUCGCGACGCCGUCAAGGAUUCAACCAUCCUCGUCUUCAACCUGCCCCACCAGUUUAUCGCAAACGUCUGCAAGCAGGUCAACGGUCAUAUUCUUCCCUUCGCCCGAGGAAUCAGCUGUAUCAAGGGUGUCAACGUUACAGACACAGACAUUAGCUUGUUCAGCGAGUGGAUUGGUGAUGGACUUGGUAUUUACUGCGGUGCUCUUAGUGGUGCCAACUUGGCUCGAGAAAUCGCCGAGGAGAAGUGGUCGGAGACAACUAUCGCUUACGAUCCUCCUGCUCUUGAUAACAGCAGAGCUCCUACACCUCGAACCGGUAGCCCUAACCCAACAAUGGGUGAGCUUCCCGAGAUGCAUUACAAGGACGUCCGCGGUCGAACAUCCAAGGUCAAGUUGACCGCUAUGCCCGCUGAUUACCCUCCUCUGGACCAGGACUGCUUCCGAACCUUGUUCCACCGACCUUACUUCCACGUCCAGAUGGUUGCCGAUGUCGCUGGUGUUUCCCUGAGCGGUGCGUUGAAGAACGUCGUUGCUCUGGCAGCUGGUUUCGUCGAUGGUCGAGGUUGGGGUGACAACGCCAAGGCUGCUAUCAUGCGUGUUGGUCUCAUGGAGAUGGUCAAGUUUGGCAAGGAAUUCUUUGGCGAGACUGUGCACACUGCCACCUUUACAGAGUCAUCUGCCGGUGUCGCAGAUCUGAUCACAUCCUGCUCCGGAGGUCGUAACUUCCGCUGUGCCAAGAAGGCUGUUGAGAAGGGUAUCAGUGUCCAAGAAGUCGAGAGACAGGACUUGAACGGUCAAAAGAUCCAGGGUACCACCACUGCUGAAGAGGUGAACAGUUUCCUCAAGGCUCGCGGUCUCGAGUCAGAGUACCCUCUGUUCACAGCCGUCAACGCUAUUCUCAACGGCGAGGCUCAGGUUGAUGAUAUUCCUACUCUUGUUCAAGAUUCUUAA